CUGUAAUAGCCGCGCGAUUCAUCAAUUGCAAAGCAGCUACAUCAUUCGGUUUAGUGAAUUGAUGUGCAUCGCAAAAUUUCGAAAAAUUUCUUCCAUCAAUUCUAACCACGAUCCAACAAUUUGGUAAACAACAGUCAUCACGUUCAAAUUCUUUCACAUAUUCGAAUUUACUUUUAGCCAUUCUCGUCAAACUUAUUUGCCGGCUAUUGACCACUUGUUUGACCAAGCUAAUGAUUUUCAGGAAGUUGCUUCCUGUUGUCAGAAAAUACAUUUCCUGAAACUGCUGAAUGUUGAAGUCUCCACUGUCGAACUCAUUUUAGUUUCAAAUGGUUUCAAAUCAUUUCAGAUGUGUACAACUUAUUCACAGAAUAUUUUCAUUUAAAAAAUCCUAUUAAUUUUUUAUUAUAAAAUAAAUUGGUCUCUGAUAUGUAUGCAUAUAUAUGUUUAUAUCUUGAAAAACCCACGUGCGCAUUGGUUAAGUAUUUACAUUUGUUCUGCUGCGUAUAAUCAACAAGCUAAGUGUAACACUUUGUUAUAUAAAACUUUUAUUAAUUAAGAACAUUUAAAUUAAAUUAAAUAUAUUCAAAUUUUCAAAUAAGACACCUCUAUAAACAUCGUACAAAAUGGAUCUACAUGAACGUUAUAUGCGUUCAACAAUGGAUUUUUCAGUUUUUGAAUUAUCAGAAACUGCAUUUAAAGAUGACCCACUGUUGUUAUUACAUCGUAUCGUAAAAUAUUACAACAAUGAAAUCAUGAAAGAUAAUUUUGAUACGAAAAAAUUGGAAACAUUUCGAAUAGUAUUAUGUUAUGAAUAUCAGCUUCUAUUUAAUUCCAAGGAAAAAAAUAUCAAAGUAACUGCAAGUGAUUUAUGUUUUAAAACUAUAGAAAGUAUUUUAUUUUUGAAAAAGCAUUCACAAAAUUUUACUGAACAUCCAAUUUUAUAUGAUAUUAUAAUUUUACAAUUAAUACUUUACUGUAAUUUACAAUGUAUUGAAGAACAUUUGAUGAAUUUUCAAAAGUCAAAUGUUGAUGUCUUAAACAAUGAUGAGAGUAAAUUUUUUUAUAUAAAAAUUUUGGAAUGUUUCUUAGAAUCAUUGCAGUUAAGACACUUAUUAUAUAAUAAUGCAGAUUUAAGCAUAUUAAAACACUUCAGUUUGUUGUAUUUAAAAGAUAUAAUAACAUGGCUAGAAAUGAAAGAAAAUAAAGAAUGGCAAUUGUUUACUUCAAUUUUUCCAAAAUUAAUAAGUACUUGUAGCUCUGAAAAUAUUUUACCAAUUAUAUGGAAUGUUAUCUUAAAUAAAUUGGAUGAUUUUAAGGAUUUGCUUAGUGCAUUGAGUAUUAUAGUCAAUGUAUGUUUUUCAUCUAAUUUUAUAAAUGAUGUAAUUCAUACACACUAUAAAUUAUUUUAUACAGAGCAAUUAUGGUUAUUAAUUAUAAAGAGCUUAAAAUCACCCAUACAACAGUAUCGUAAACAAGGAUUAUUUAUAAUGAAACAUAUAACUAAUUUUAUGAAUAUUACCAAUGAAAAUGUUUUAAAAUUAAAAAUACCUUCAAUUGUUCCUUUUGUAUGUGGUCAGAAAACUGAAACAAAGAUAUUAAUAAAAGAUAUUAAACAAAAGUUCUUCCUAAUAUUAGAUGCAUUAGAGGAAAAGCAACAUCAUUUGAUAUUGCCUGCUUUGACAAAUUUAUCAACUUUAAUAAAAGGUAAUGAAGAACAUACCUUAUGUAAUGAUUGUUUUAACACUAUUUGGUUGCAACUGAUCUUCGAAAGAAUAUUGCAGCAUGAGAAUAAUAACAUAGUAAAACAGGGAGUAUUGUUUGUUUGCAAAUUAUAUACUUUUAUAAAUGACAAUCAGUUUUUGAAACUGUUUGUACAUGUUUUAAACAAUACAUUUCUGUAUGAAUGCCAAUCUUACCAGGAUGAACCAGAUAUACUGAGUAGUAUCAUAAUAUUAUUUAUACAUGUAACAGAGGAAGAAACUGAAUUUCCCAAAAGACUAUUGAAAAUAAUGAGUGAAGAAACAUGGGCUCCUAUACCAAUAUUUUAUGUGAUAAAAGUUUUGAGAACAGUUACAAGUAAAACAUUGAAUCAGUGGGGAGAUGAUGAAUUAAUUUUAGUUAAAUCUCUAGUACAAAAGAAUUUAAACAUGCAUUCCCACAUAUUAAGAAUUGCAUCUCAAGUUGAACUUAUAAAAAUAAUUUGUUUUUCUAUAGAAAAAGUAAACAAUUUGGAAAUUGUAAUAGAAACAUUAUUAGAAUUUUCUUUGGAAGAUACGCUUGUAAGGGAAUCAUUUUCAUGGGAAAUUGUAGUAAACUGGUUAAAAGAAGUAUUAAUAAAGAAACAUGCAAUAGAUUUUAUCAAAUUUAUAUGUGAACAAUUUUCAAGUCAAGAUUCACAUGUGAAACUAAGUCCUGCAAAGUUUGCUGUUGUAAUUGCUAUGUUUUAUGAUACAGGAUUGAUAUUACAACAUAAAACAUGUGUUGUGUUUGGAAUACUAAAUAACUGGCUGUCAAUACUCAAUGGGAUAAACACUAGACCUUAUGUAAAUCAUACAUAUAUAUUUUAUGCAAUAGAAUUUAUGUCCCAUUUAUUUAAUUUAAAUGUAAUAAAAACAGAUGAAACUAUCAUACAACUUUUAUCUUCAUAUUUUAAUGAUUCAUUACAAUUUUUGUUUAAAAAUAGCAAAAGUAUACCAUAUAAAUUCAGUUAUGAAGAAAUCAAUAAAUAUCUUAUUAUAAUUGUUUCAUUUCUUAACAAUAAAAAUUUAAUUUUAUCAGAAAAAGAAAUUUUAAAUCAUGUUGAGAGAUUCAGAAGUCAAAGUAUAUUUAUUCUCCAGAAUAUAAAACAGUAUACAAACAUGCAUUAUAUGUAUGCAUUACAUAUUUUAUAUCAUACUCAAGAGAUUUUGUAUAAACAUUGUACAUUACUUUAUGUGGAAUCUUUAUUGGAUAUAUCUAAUAUUCACAUGUCCAAUAAUGAUCAAGAUUCACAUGUCCAAGAUCAAGUAAAUACUAAAGGAAAAAUAACAUCAAAUUGUUAUUUGUUACUUGCAAAACUUUUAAAUCAAUUUUUGGAAAAGAAAGAAAUUCAAUUAUGGCCUCAAAAUAUUAAUUGGUUUAAAAGUACUUUGUGUCUUUACGAAAUGGGAGGAAAUGAAAUUGUUCCAGAAAUUGCAUCAAUUCUAAAAACAAUUAUUAAUAAAGGAGCAAUAAAAGAUAUAGAAGAUAAAUUACAUUUAGAAUCUAUUUUUACCUUAUGCUGGAAAAGUACAUUGUUAAGUAAAAAGAAUAAGUUAUACUUUAUUGCAAUAAAAGAUCUUGUAGGAGUUGUUAUAAAUGAUAAUUUUUUGAAAUUACCUGAUGUUAUGCACUUUGUAAAUAAUUUUCUUGAUCAACUACUUGAAGAAAGUAAUAAUGUGCCAAAAUUAAAACAAAUUUUAUUAAAUGAAAUGGAGUCAUUAAACACAUGUUAUUUAAAAAAUUUACAAGAACCAUUGGUAUCGUGUUGUCUUCAUGGACAUGUGCUUAGAAGAGAUAAACAAAUAGAAAAUCAGGCCUAUCUAUAUGUCACACAAAAUUAUAGAAAUUACUAUCCACGACAUAUAUCAAUAAUAGAUUACAAUAAUGAUACUAGUGUCAGAGCACUCUCUAUUAUAUUAUUAUACAAGAUAAUUAAUGCAGAUAAAGAGUAUGCAUCCAUGUUACUUCCAAUUGUUUUACAAAAACUAGAAAAAUUUAGAAACAAACGUUAUUUCAAUCAUUCUUAUAUACAUAAGAUAAAGCAUCGAAUUAUGCAAAUCUUAUUGAUUUUACAGCCAAUCCUAAAUAAGUUGGACAUUGUUAUAUUAGAAGAUUGUCUUUGCAAUUUAAUGCUGUUGGAAAGCAAUCAGCAUAGUAUCAGAUUAAUGCAAGAGUGGAUAUUAAUAAAAAUUUUUGUAGAAAAUAUAGAACUGCAUUACAAACUCUGGAAAUUUUUUGAAGAGGGUAUUACAACACGUCCAGGAUGUGUUAGUUCUAUAGCGUGUAUCGUUUAUCAUGUUUCAAGGCUUCUUCCUAGCGAUUCUCAGUGCGAUUUUAUUUUAAUGGGAAUUAAAUACAUUGCACAUUGUUGUUUAGGGCAACAGUAUAGUAUGCGUCUUUAUAACCAGAUAAUUUUUGUAAAAUUGUAUAAAAUGUUGGAACAAUUUAAUUGUAAUGACACUAUAGUACAAUAUAAAGGAUUAUAUGAUGCUGCAAUAGCAAGUUUGAAAUAUGGAAAUUUAGCGAUAAAUUCAAGUAAAAUUCAGGAUGAUUUUUAUUUUUCAGUUUUUCAUGCUGUGCAUGACUUUAGUCUACAGACAAUUUAUUUUGAACUCCCGCGAUUGACUGAUAUGGAUCCAAGUGAAUGGAUCACUCCAGAUUUGUUUCAAAUUCUGAACUUCAAAGAAACUAUUAAUCAUCCUCUUCAACUUUAUAAUUUGAAUACAUUAUUAUCAGAUACUAAAACAUCAUCUUAUUUGAUGAAAUCUACAGUUGAUAAGGAGUCAUCUGUAAAAAAUUCUAUGAUGGAUAUUGAAGAAUUAAAUAACAUUCAGAAAAAGAUUGAUCCUUUAAUGCCUACAAAUAUAUCACAUAAUGAUAUUUUUUCAACCAUUAGAGAAUCUGUUUCUCAUAAAAGAUUAUCCGAUGAAGAUGGUCUUAUAGUUGUAGCAUGUCUCGUUAAUCGAGCUCCAAAUUUAGGAGGACUCGCCCGUACUUGUGAAAUUUUCAAUGUUAAAGAAUUAGUUAUUGCUAAUUUAAAUCAAAUUAAAGAUAAGGAAUUUCAGAAUCUUAGUGUAUCAGCUGAAAAUUGGAUAACUAUUACAGAGGUAAAACCACAUCAAUUAUGUAAAUUCUUAUUGGAUAAAAAAGAGAUGGGAUGGUCUUUAGUAGGUUUAGAACAAACAGUUAACAGUGUGAAUUUGAUAAAUAUGAAAUUCAAAAAGAAGACAAUUCUUGUAUUAGGAAAUGAAAAGGAUGGAAUUCCUGCUAACUUAAUAUCUUUGUUUGACACCUGUAUAGAAAUACCACAAGCUGGUAUAAUUCGUUCAUUAAAUGUUCAUGUUAGUGGAGCAAUAUGUAUAUGGCAAUAUUCAAAACAGCAUGUAUUAAUAUAAUUUCAUUUUUAUAUUUUGAAUAAAAAAUGAAACAAGAAAAUAAUGUAACCAGAUGAUAAUGUAAAUCUACAAAAUUAAAUUUAUCUUUAUGGAGAGAUAUAUAUGUAUGUAUUUAUUUAUUAGAAUGACUAUUAAUUAUACACAGAUAGUGUCUAUAUAAAUAAUGCAUUUUUAAACUUUAUAACCUACGAGAUGGCAUUUGCCAAUACAUUCUCCAACAAAGAACCAACACAACACUUCAAUUGUAACUAAAGUAUUUAA